AUGCCGCCUCGCCGCCGGGGAGGUUCGGGCUUCCGCGGCGUCCGCGUGCGUCCGUCCGGCACCUACUCCGCAUCGAUCCGGUUGGGCGGCGGCGUGCGCCUCGGCCUCGGAACCUUCGACACCGCCCAGGACGGCGCCAGGGCGUACGACGCUGCGGCGUGGCGCCUCCGGCGGUCCCGUUGGGACAUGAACUUCACCGACGUGGCGACGCCAGAGCGGGCACAUGAGUUGGCUCCUUUCCCGCGACUUAUCACCGACGAGGAUCGGCGCAAAAACCGGAGGCGGGAGCGCCGUCUCAGCCUAGCCGAGAUGGACGAGGAAGCCAUGGCGCUGUGGAGGCAACGCUUCCCGCAAGAUAUCAUCAACGAGGAGCAGUUCUUCGCCGAGAGGAGGAGAGCCGUGGUCAAGGCACGCGGCCCCACCGUGUCCGUCCCCAUGGACCAUGGCCGCUGCGCUGCACACGAGAAGCGUCGUGGUGCGCAGGUAGGUAGGGCCCGCCAAGACAGGGACAAGUGA